UGCUUCUAGUCAUGCCUUCGUUUCCUGCAUUAUAUGCAACCAAACAAACUCCUGCACAACAAUCCACUAUUAAAGCACCGAAGAUGUUGCGAUGGCCUCAUCGCACAACAAAAUCACAGCAGUAGAAUAGUUGCCAACAGAAAGAGAUAUCGAGGAGUGUCAGUGAGGUAACAAUGUCUAGCCUUGGACUCAGCAGCGUCAGUAGGGGUGUCAACGGCAAAAGCCAGAGCUCCAGGGGCAAGGCCAUGCUGCUCGCCCUAGGCAAGGGUCUCCCUGAACAAGUUCUACCUCAAGAGAAGGUUGUCGAGAGCUACCUCCAAGACAGCAGCUGUGACGAUCCCGCCACAAAGGCAAAGCUUGAACGCCUUUGCAAGACCACCACAGUGAGGACAAGGUACACUGUUAUGUCCAAGGAGCUCCUGGAUGAGCACCCAGAGCUGAAGACGGAAGGCACUCCAACAUUGACAUCACGUCUCGACAUCUGCAACGCUGCAGUGCUCGACCUUGGUGCUGCUGCAGCCCGUGCUGCCCUUGAUGAAUGGGGCCGUCCUGCUGCUGAUAUUACCCACCUUGUCUACAUCUCAUCCAGUGAGCUUCGUCUCCCAGGGGGCGACCUUCACCUGGCAGCUCGUCUUGGUCUUAGUCCAAACACCGUGCGCACUUCCCUUCUCUUCCUUGGCUGCUCUGGUGGUGCCGCUGCCCUCCGCACUGCCAAGGACAUUGCUGAGAACAACCCAGGGAGCCGUGUCCUUAUAACAGCCGCUGAGACCACUGUGCUAGGAUUCCGGCCACCAAGUUAUGACCGUCCUUAUGACCUUGUUGGUGCUGCCCUGUUUGGAGAUGGUGCAGCAGCUGCAAUUAUUGGAGCAGGCCCCAUCACACCAGAGGAGAAUCCCUUCUUGGAGCUUGAGUUCUCAACACAGGAGUUCCUACCAGGGACUGAUAAGGUUAUUGAUGGCAAGAUCUCAGAGGAAGGAAUUAAUUUCAAACUGGGACGUGAUUUGCCAGAGAAGAUUGAAAGUCGCAUAGAAGGGUUCUGCAAGACACUCAUGGACCAGGUUGGGGUAAACGAGUUCAAUGAUAUGUUUUGGGCUGUGCAUCCUGGUGGACCAGCAAUAUUGAACAGGCUAGAGUUCUGCCUAGAACUCCAGCCAGAGAAACUCAAGAUUAGUAGAAAGGCCUUGAUGAACUAUGGGAAUGUGAGCAGCAACACAGUCUUCUAUGUGUUGGAGUACUUGAGGGAUGAGUUGAAGAAAGGGGCAAUAAGUGAAGAGUGGGGGUUGAUCUUGGCUUUUGGCCCAGGCAUCACAUUUGAAGGACUGCUAGUUCGAGGCAUUAACUGAAACUGAAAGAGCACCUAGAAGACUUUUACAAGCUACUAUAUAGGAGAAUCACAGACAAGCAUUACAUGGCCCACAUAAAGACUAAUUAUACAUAGAAACAUCUCAUAAAGCAUAUAGAUGCCUUGAUGGCAUCUGCACACUACAUAGUUGCUGUUUUUAAUGUAUUUAUGUUUCUGUCUAUCAAACAAUGUAAGAUACUUGUAAAAUCAGGCACUAU